AUGGCUAUUUUAAGUGACCUUAAUAAUUACUUUAAGCGAUUGGAUGAGUUACAGUUUGCUGUAUUUGCAAAGAUAAAUGAAAUAAUCGAUGAUAGUGACCCAACAGCAAACCAAGGUGAAGAUUCAAUUGAAUUAAAACGAAUCAAGUCUACAAAAGAGGCCAAUGGAUUAAUAUUCAAAUUUCGUGAUAUGUUAAAGGUUAUAGAAAUUAACUUAUCUGCAGAUGGGGAUGAUCAAUUAUCUAUUAGAUAUCAAAUGUACAAAGAAAAGUUAACAAAUCUAAAACUAAAAUUGAGGGAAUGUCAAUUACAAUCAUACAACUUAGAAAAUGAGUUGAUUCAUAAACAAAGGAUUGCUAAAUACUCGCCUAUAAUAAAGGAUAAUGUUAAUGAGGCUGAUUUAAGGAAAGACUUGUUUUCGGGUCGUAGCACGAAAGAUGAUUCUAAAAUCAAGAGUCAGUCCAUACGGGAUCAAAUAUUGACACAUAAUAAAUCGAUUACAUCGUCAUUACAAUCUACGAGGCAGUUAAUGUCGACCUCUAUCGUACAAACUGAAUUGAAUAUUGACUCGGUUGAACAACAAACGAAGGAUUUAUCUAAUUUGAAUGAUAAGUUUACCGAUUUCGAAUCGUUGUUAAACAAGUCCAAAAAUAUUGUCAAAUUUAUCGAAAAGCAAGAUAGAAAGGACAAGAAUAACAUCUACCUAAGUAUUGGAUUUCUUUUGCUAUGUAGUGCAUGGGUCAUUUGGCGCAGAUUAUUGAAGAUGCCUGUUAAGUUUUUCUUAUGGUCAUUUUUCAAGAUAUUUAGAAUGUUCAAUAGAAUAUUCGUUACCUCAGGAACCAAAGACGAUCUUGACUUAUAUGCAACAGUGGGGGCUGUCGUCAGUAGCUCAUUGAUUGCAAGUAGCAUACUAUCAUCUGCUACUAGCACUCUAAAUUUAGAUGAAGAGUUCACGAUGAAUAUUGAGCCCAAUGGGGAACAUAAAACCUGGGAAGAUAUAGUUAGCACAGCUACUAGUAGAAUUGUUGAUGAACUAUGA